AUGGAUUUUGUUGCACGUUUAUCAGAAUUUAAACGUGAUUUACACAAACGUAUGAUAAAUCUAUUACCGAAAAUUCGUGGUGGUGGUGAAGAAGAAUUAGCAUUAGUUAAUCUAUUAAAAGAAAUAGAUUCAUCACCUUAUAAUAAACAGAAACUUCAAUUUUGGCUUGAUUCAAAAGAAAACGAAUUGAAAAUCUUGUCGACAUUUGCAUUGGCAUUAAAAAAAGAAUCAAUUUCAGUAGCAUCAACAUCACUUGACGAUGUUAUCAGUGAUAUUAAUUAUGAUUAUGUUUGCUGUCUGUGUUUUCAUUUUACUGAAGCAAAUGUAUCCGAACUGACAGAUAUGUAUAAUUAUAUUCAUGAUCGUUCGAAAUUUGUUCCAUCAACUAUAAAUUUACCUUGGUAUGAAGAUAAGAAUAUUAUUCAAAUGAUUCGAACUGAAUUACGUCUAUUUAUUGAAUUUGCCAAAAUAAAUAAAACAAAAGAAAAUGUUAAAUUUGUAACAAAUGAACAAUAUGCUAGUAAUUAUAAUAAUAUUAAGGGAGCAACAAUGAUGCUAUUUGAAAAUGGUAUACAACAACUAGAUUUUCAAAUACCGAGUAAACCGGGAAAACCAUAUUCCAUCAAUAUUACAUCUGACAGUAUAUCAUUGGAAUGGACGAAACCGGAACGUGGAUUUAAUUCUAUUAACAAAUACAAAGUCUUAUAUUGUAUUGAUGGAAAUAAUCAAGAAGAUAAUAAAUGGAAUGAAGUAACAACUGAUACAUUGAUCGAAAAGAAAACUAUUUCAAAUUUAGCUGUAAACACACUUUAUGUUUUUAAAAUUCAAUCCAUUACAAUUGUUGGUGAUAGUCUAAUCAGUGACGUUAGCGAUCCUAUCAGAACUACAAGUCCACCUAUAAAAACAGCUGCAAUGCGUCUACUUCAGAAUGCAACAGUAAUUAAAGUUGGACACAACUAUAUACAAAUUAGAAUAUAA